AUGGACUGGCUGCCGAACCCGAGCUGGAGUGCGAAUGUCCUGCGGGCGAGUUGGGUGUUUUUGAGUGUCCCAGCGAUCGUGUUGACCUGGGGGCGUAUCAUUCUCGACAUGAGGCAAAGUUGGGCUGCGGAGCUGGGCCUUUACUUCUUCCACCAACGUUGUAUGCCGCCUUGGCUCCGCUGGUCCCGCUGCUUUGGCCCACUGCUUAGCCGCUCCAGAAGAGGGAGAAAAGGGGGGGGGGUGUCCAGCCCGACGCGCCGCUCCUUUGCCACUCGUGAGUGUCUGCGCAGCCUCGAACCCGUCCAGUCUCCGUCCGGCGUCUGCUCUGGCUUCGGUUCUCCUGCGCUGCGAUCCAAAACGCUCGCUCCUGUAGCUCCUUCCGUGCGCUUCCCCCGAGUCUCCGUUUCUUUCUUUUUCUCUCCUUCUCCCCUCUCUCCCCACCUGUUCCCGUUUUGUCCUCAACCUGGCUGA